AUGCAGUUGGUCAAGAACAAGUCAGCCCAGCGUCUUGAUGCCACUGUCGGCGAUGGCUCGCAGAGCGUGACGCUGGUGCCAAUCGAACCCGAGGACAUGUGGCACGCCAACAACCUCAUCUCGCCCGAAGACAUCAUCAGAGCACAUGCAGUACGCAAGGUCACGACCGAGUCCAAGACGGGCAGCACACAAUCCGAGCGCGUACACACUGACCUCGUCAUCCGCGUCACCUCGACCUUUUUCGAUGCAGCCGCUUCUCAACUACACGUCUCAGGCACUGUAAUAGUCGAGAACAGCUUUGUGAACAUUGGACAGUACCACACACUGGACCUCGAGCUCAACCGGCCAUUCACUCUGUGGAAGUCCCAUGGCUGGGAUUCGGUGGCACAAGAGACCCUAGAGGAAGCGCUUAAGCAAGAUAAAGAGGGAGCGGUCGCUGCUGUCGUCAUGCAAGAGGGUAUUGCGAACAUAUGCCUCAUCACAGAGUAUAGAACCAUCCUAAAGCAGCGCGUGGAGAGCACGAUACCAAAGAAGCGCUCCGCCAGCUCGGACCAGUCCAGCGGCAUGAAGAGGUUCUUUGACAAGGUACUGGCUACUCUAUUGAGAAGCAUCGACUUUGGCACUCCGCGGCCGCUCUUGUUGGCGAGCCCCGGUUUUGUCGCAGGCGACUUCAAAAAGUUCAUCCAGGAAGAGGGCACACGAAAAGGCGACAAGGCCAUGAUGUCCAUAGCCAAAGAGGCCACUGUCGUCCACUCCAGCUCCGGUCACCUGCACAGUCUUAAUGAAAUCCUCAAGAGCCCCGAGGUACUAGCCACAAUGAAGGAAAUGAAGUUCUCCAAGGAAACACGGGCAAUGGAUGAGCUCUUUGAAAGGUUACGAAGGGACGACGGCCGAGCGUGGUAUGGUAUUUCUACUGUGGAAAAGGCAGUCAAUGAGGGUGCUGUCGGACGAGGUGGCGGCGUUUUACUCGUCAACAACUCCCUCUUCCGCAGUCUGGAUAUUGCCACGAGAAAGAAAUAUGUUGCAUUGGUGGACAAGGUGAGGGAGGACGGAGGUGAUGCCCGGAUUCUCAGCAGUGAUCACGAAAGUGGGCAGAGACUUGAUGCCUUGGGUGGCAUUGCUGCGAUAUUAACGUAUCCGAUUCAUGAUCUAGACGAAGAUGACGAGGAUGAUGAGCAAGGAGAAGAUGCACCCGAAGGAAUGAUUAUAUGA